ACUGUAAACAAGUGCAUACAAUGUGUGUCACCGGAACAGUAGUAACAUAUAAAGCUGGAUUCAAAAUCCUACGAAGGUCAUAUAAGGAUAAGCAUUCAUAUCCAAAUCAUCUUUAUUGCAUUAGUUAGCAAUGGCUCCCAUUUUAAAAGUUAUUUUUCUGGUAGUGUUUUUCAUAUUCAUAUUUGGUGCGCAUAUACAAGCAAAGCCAAUUGAGGACAAAAAUGUGGCAGAUGCAUCCGACGAAAUGAUGGAAACAGCUGAAGCUCAAAACCCGUUCUUACCUCGGUUUGCUAUGAAACGGUUGAAGGAGAGACGCGAAAAAGCCCGAGCUGAAAGAAGGAACCAUCAAAACCACAGAAGAAUGUACCAGUACCAACCAUACAUACGCAGAUGUCCAGACAGAUAUUAACAUGAAGGCGCAAGUUAUUUUUUUAUUUUCACUGUGGAUAACAGUAGUAACAGUAUACGCAAGUACAACUACUGAAAAUGUGGAUAUUUUUAAUUUAAUACAAACUGAAAACAAUGAACCACAAACAACAGAGGAAAUAAAUUUGGACAAUAGUGAUCCGGAACAAAAGGGUGACGAAUUGAAUACAAGCAGUGAAUCAUAUUUGGAGUCAAAUGUUGACGCAACUGUGGACAUCGUGAUUGAAGAAAAUAUUAAAACACCGCUAGACGCUUUAAUUCCUGAAAUGCCCGAUGUUGAUUUAGACGAAACGGCAAUAGGUGAUGAAGAAAUUUUAUACAAUGACGUUGUUAAUAGAGAUCCGAGUGAAAUAAUGGACACUGCGGCUGGAUUUGUGCCUAUCCCUAUCAUCAAAAGGAGACAAAAACCACAAAAGCGAUACGGUUUACGCAGACACUUCUUGAGGAACCCUCAUAGAAGAUAUCAACAUUUUUAUCCAUAUUAUUACUACAGGUAUUACCGCCCUAGCUCUCUCAGAUAUUUUUAUUAUUAAUUUUUUAAGUUAUUUUUCUAAAUAAGCUGCCUUUGGAUAAAAUAAAAGAUAUAAGAAUGAAUGGAUCACGUUUAUUUCAACCAUCCUAAGGUAUAAACAUAAAUGUCUUAAUCAUUUUUACAUUGUUAUUAGAGUAUCGUAUGCUAAAAUAAUUAUCUAUAUACAUAUUUAAAACAAGUCGGUGAUUUCCUGGUGGGCCCAAAAAUAAACUGAUGCAUU